GAGAGAGAGGAAGAGAGUUUAUAAACGAUAUAGUAGUUCGGUGCUGAGCUGUCUCGCUCUCCACGGCUACUUGUGCGCUAGCUGCCCGUGCGAUCGUGCCUGUGCCCGACAUCGCCCAGCGCAGCGCUGCUCCUCUCUGUGCUCAGUAAAGAGAGCGAUAAAGAAAAAAAUUAUUAAUUUUUUUUGUUAUCAUUAUCAUCGUCAUCUCUGGAAUCGAUCGCGCGCCCGAUCGUCGUCGUCAACUACUUUCGGUAGUUAUAUAACUCUACCGUUUUUGAUCGGUGAUUUGCCAAAAAAAAAAAAAAUAAUUAUUUCGUUUUUUUCCUCAAUUUGGUGCGUGUUUGUCGUGAGUUGAUAUAAAAAGUGAUACUCCUAGAUAAUAUCGAGUGAGUUUGAGUUUUUUUUUUUAGAAAGGACUCGCGAGCGUGAUAAAUACACUUCAACGAGUCCUGGAUAAAUGCUUGUGCGGUGAAAACUAUAUAUAGUUGCAACGGGUGCAGUACAGUACAGUACAGUUCGUGGAUUAUAUAUAUAUAGUCUACCGGUGCAGCAGCAGCACGCCGGCUCUCGAAAGCCUCCCUGCAGUGUGUGUAUGUGAGAGAGUAAGAGAGAGAGAGAGAACACGUGAUAGUGAGAACGUGCGGUGCAGAGAUACUGUCAACAUAUAUACAUAUACGUACAACGCGAAAGCUCGAAGCGCGAAUAUAUAUACACGUUGGUGCACUUCUCGGCGUGUGUAUAUACAUAUGAACACUCGGUGCGGCGCGUCUAUGUACCACCCACGUGUGACAGAUUAAUGGUGUGCAUUGAUAUUAUACCCCCUGUGACACGUGUGCAGCAGUAUAAGCAGAGAGCCAACGCAGAAAUCGCACAGGAUCGAUUAGACAAUAAUAUUAAUCGUGAACGUCUUUUUUAAAUGACUGUGAACAGGCAUUACGAUGGUAGACACGCAACAUUUCUGCCUGCGAUGGAAUAAUUACCAAAGCAGCAUUACAUCGGCAUUUGAAAAUCUGCGAGAUGACGAGGACUUCGUCGACGUCACACUGGCCUGCGAUGGCAAGAGUCUCAAAGCACACAGAGUCGUAUUGUCGGCCUGCAGUCCCUACUUCAGGGAGCUUCUCAAGAGCACACCCUGCAAACAUCCGGUGAUAGUGCUGCAGGACGUCGCGUUCAGCGAUCUUCACGCGCUGGUGGAGUUCAUCUAUCACGGCGAGGUGAACGUGCACCAGCGCUCGCUGAGCAGCUUCCUCAAAACCGCCGAGGUGCUGAGGGUGUCGGGACUCACGCAGCAGGGCGACCAAGCCGACAGGGAUGAGCAGCUGUCGCACGUACGAGCUCUCGCGGCCGGCGCGGCGUCCCUCAACGCGACCAAUCACUUGGGCGGCAACGGCGGCCUCCACGACAAGCUCGUGCCCGAGGACAACACGUACACAAGGGAGCGCAACUCUCCACCGACGCCGGUGCAGCAGCAGCCCACGCCGUCGCCGGUGCAGCAGCUGAUGCGCCGAGCCGGGGUGCGCGGACGCAACGACAGGCAUACCCCGGACUCGCACGACACCAGCGGCCCGGGUCAGCUCGGUGCCGACACCAAACGCCCGCGCGUACUGUCGCCACCUUUGAACAACAACGACGCCAUACCCACGGACUUCUCGAUGGUGAAGAACAGCCUGGCGCAUCUGGUCAACGCCAAGAUCGAGGGCAACGGACUGCACAACAACGGCGAGGACAACAACGGACCGAUCGACGACGGCGUCAAGUGCGAGCCCCUGGAGCUCGUCGGCAACUCGCAGUCGGGCCACCAUCAGCGAGAGCAGUCGAGCAACAACGGGCCCCUGAACGCCCACAACGAGGAGAGCUCGGACUCGGGCGCCACCCCGGACCGGCCGCCCGCCUCGGCGAGCAGCAACGAGCACGACAACGAGCCGCCCGAGCAUCCGCCCACGCCCAACUACAUGGCCGAGAGCAAGCUGUUCGCCUCGACACCGGGCGGCUUCAACUUCAGCAUGGCAGCCCUCAGCCAGGAACAUUCGCCCCUGUCAGUUAAAUUUCCAGGUUUGGGACACGGGCUGCAGACGCCGGACCUAGCGGGAACUUCACAAGCAAUGCGACUGUCACAUCCAUUACACGGCAGUCUCUUGCCGCCCGGCGUCUGCUACACCUGCGACGUCUGCGGCAAGACCCUGUCCACGAAGCUGACGCUGAAGCGUCACAAGGAGCAGCAGCACUAUCAGCCGCUCAACAGCGCCGUGUGCGGCCUCUGUCACAAGGUCUUCAGGACCCUCAACAGCCUCAACAAUCACAAGAGCAUUUACCAUCGGAGGCAGAAAUAGAGCUCGGCCGGCCGGGCCCGACUCGGUCCGAAAUUACCAUCGGGACUCGCGCUCUUGCACCGCCAGCAGUAGGCCCGACCGACCGAUUACUCUGCUUUCUCUGUAUACGCGUGACGAUGACGACGAUGAAAAUCUGCGCAGACAGACGAAAAUUAACGAGCCCAUCUGGCUCGAAGAUUGAUUGAAAGGAAGAAAAAAAUACAAUGUGUAUAGCGUUCGCCGCCACAUUCACUGUAUAAUGUCGCACAGGGGCGAACUGGAGACUAUAAUGAAAAAAAAAAACACGAUGUAUUUUUUAUGAUCGUCGAGCGUUAACAUAAAUAUUACACACUCAUACACUCACAAACAAAUCCCACACUUAUACAUAUACGAUUACCAUUAGGAUUAGAUUACUUACGACGACUACACGCGAACAAAUUUAUUCGUUAACCAUGUGUAGUUGAAAUUAUACAUAAUUAUAAAACUUUUCCAAAUUCCUUUCAUCGGACAAAAAUGACUCGCAGAGUCUGUAUAUAAACUCCGUGAAAAAGGAAUAGAAUCGAGCUUAAAAGCUUGUUUAAAGCGCGUAUAUAAAAGUAAAAAAAAACGAGAUUAUUUCGGAACUAAACACGAUAUAUAAUACCAUUCCGUCGCCUACAUUAUAUUAACCUGUACAGUGUUUUUGAAACGUCAGGUAAGAUAAGUAGUUUCGUGUAAAAUUAAAAAAAAAAAAAAAGAAAGGAGCUGUUGAUUUUUCACGUGGACGAGGUUAAAAUAAAAAUAUUGUUAUACGUAUUACGUAAAGGUGGUACGAAAAACCGAGUGGAGAGAGAGACUCGCGAAAGUGAUGGCAAAUCGAGAGUGUUUCAUUUAAGUCGACUUGAUAAAAAAAAUUUAUAUUUUUUAUACUUAUUUAGCUGUAGGUUUUAUGAAAAAAAAUUUUAACGUUAUUCUAUAUUUUCGAGGAAAAUACCCUAUUAUUUUUCUUAAUCGAACGCGAAAUCGCUCUUAAAUUUUACCGGAGUGUAAAAAAAGGUUGCAACUCCUAAAUUAUCGAGAUUCGGGGAACGGGUAAUCGAUCAUAAGUCAAAUAAAAUUUUCAAUUGUUAUUAUUAUAAAUUAGUUCAUCGCUGAUGAAAAAAAUACUGCGAUAAACGACUUUUAUUUAUUUAGCAUAUAAAUGUCGGCGUGCUUCUCUAGCAAUAGUAAUAUUAUAUCGGUGGUGAGAUAUAAGGACAAACUUAUAAACAAUAUACAGUGCUUCCAAACCAGUGGAAAAUUGAAAUUAAAAAUUUAAGUAAAAAAGGAACGGAAUUAUAAAGUAGUAGAGCAAUCGGACCGAAAAAGCUUUGAAGUAAACUUUAUUAUGGUUAGUGAUGACACGAACUGGCUAUGUGGCAAUUAUUGAGAUAAACCAAUUUGAUGAGUUACACAAAAAAGUUUUAUCGUUUGUUACAUGAGUAUGCCCGCAGUUAGUCAAAUUAUUGUGACGAUUAAGUAAUAAGUUGUUAUUUUGGAAUAUAUAUCGAGAAAAAAAAGUGAGAAAAUAUAAAAUAUGUUUUCCCAAACAAGGCCAAAAUGAAAGUUGACUGAUAAAAUAUACAUUUAAAUUGACGAGUCAAACUCGACUUGCGUUUUGUCAUUUUGUUAUACGAAAAAUUAUAAAUUGUCCAUUAGAGUUGAAAGGAAAAUUUUUAUGGGCUAGUUUAAGGUAUAGGAGUAUAAGUUCUGAGGUGAAAAGUGUACCAUUUGCCGCCCACGCAAAGAAUGAUAAGGUUUUCGGGUGCGCAGACGUUUUAAGACUUUACUGAAAGCGAAAUUCAAAUCUAAAUACAAAUUAUAUGUUUAAUUAGGAUCUCAUAAUAAGGAAAAAAAAUUAGUCAAAUAUUUCGGAAAUAAAAACGCAAUCGUAUUUAAAUGAAUUUUAUGAUCAAAAGAGUAAUUUUAAUUCUACAAAAGACUGCAUUAAUAUGAAUAAAUUAA